AUGACAAUCGAGGACUGCUCUGCUGCUCGACAGGCACGACCUGUUCCUGAUACGCCUACCAAUGUGCUCCAGCAGCUUAGCAUGAAGGGCAAGGUCGUCGUCGUCACAGGCGCAAGCGAUGGUCUUGGAUAUGCGGCCAUCGAGGCCGUCGCUGAAGCUGGCGCCGAUGUUGCUCUCUGGUACAACUCGAACGACGUAGCCAUCCAGAAAGCCCAGGAGCUCGCAAAAGCACACUCGAUUCGAGCAAAGGCGUACCAGUGCGAGGUCUCGAAAGUCGACAAGGUUCGCUCCACCAUUGAACAGGUUGUCGCCGACUUUGGCCGUAUAGACGUCUUUGUCGCCAACGCCGGCAUGGCCAUCUCCAAACCCAUCCUCGAGCAGACCGUCGACGAGUAUAAGCGUCAGAUGGAAGUCAACGUCGACGGCGUCUUCUACUGUGCCAAAUACGUAGGCGAGGUCUUCAAGCGACAGGGCAAGGGCAACCUCAUCAUCACUUCGAGCAUGUCCGCUCACAUUGUCAACGUUCCCGUCGAUCAGCCCGUCUACAACUCGACCAAGGCCGCCGUCACUCACAUGGGCAAGUCGCUGGCUAGAGAGUGGAGGGAUUUUGCACGCGUCAACAUCGUCAGUCCGGGCUUCUUCGACACCAAGCUCGGUGCCAGUCCGCGCGUGGUCAACGAGGCCUAUCGCAUGUCGGCGCUCGGCAGACAAGGCCACGUCAAGGAAAUCAAGGGCCUCUUCCUCUACCUUGCCAGCGACGCUUCAUCCUAUCAAACAGGCAGCGACACUCUCAUCGACGGCGGUUACACGCUUCCUUGA